GUCGUUUUGAUCUUCUCCUGAUCCUUUGGCGGGCAAUAAUAAUUAUUUACCCUUUGCAUUCCAAUCCAUUUUUCAUAUCUCACUCUGUCCUCUUCUUUCUCUCUCUCUCUCUCUUCCUCUGAUCCCCUCAAUUCUUCCACCCUACCUUGCGCGGUCCUCUCCUCCACUCGGGUUGUUGCCUUCCCCUCCCGUAUUAAAUAUUUGUUCUACCGUCCUAGCACCUCCCAUCCCCGCGCCCAAGCCGAAAGUCGUCGUUAGAUCAAAACAUCGCGAACAGGUCUUGUGAACCUUUCUGUCUCUGGUCCCCGUCUAUAUAUUCAGAGGUAUCCCUGACUCCUCUGUCUUCCCAAAUCAUCGAGUACACCUGCGCCUCCGUAAAUGCCGCACUGCAGCCUCCGUUGCACAUUGUGUUGGCUGUGUUGACUGCAUGUGGACGGACAGCCCCUUUACGAAUAUUUCUCUUGCUCUUCCUGCACUGGUGCCGGCAAGAUGUCGCUCCCUUCUUCCAGCAAUUGCUGAACGCCUUUCAGCCAAUUCAACGCCCACCGAACUUCCGCCUCUCACUCUUUUCUUUUAUAUACCAUCCGGGAACCAAUUGCACCCGGAAUGGAGAAAUUCGACUCAGAAGAUGGACAACUCUUCAUAAAGAACAUCGCAAAUUUCAUCCGGACACAUGAGAAAGCCCUCGCGAACGCAAUCCAGCUGAGACGCCAGUCCGCCAAAAAUGCCCAGUCCACAAGCUCCUUUUCCUCUACAUCAGCCUCUCUGGCUAGCGCCCUGUCCUUCGGGGCGUUCAAAUUCACCUCUCAGCAUAUCCGGCCGGCCAAGUUGACCUUGACGCCUCAUCAUCUCUUCUACCUCCUUUCCCGGUUCGAGGAACUUGCCGUCUCCGUGGGGCCUAUGAAUGUUAGGCUGGAGAACAUUCAGACGGAGACACUGCCAUCCUAUGUCUCGUUUCUAAACAAGCCACAACGGUCUAGGACCGAUAGAGACUCUAUCCACUCAGUAUCCAGUGUCCAUAGUGCCCUAUCUAGUAUGAGUGCUGUCUGGUCAUCGCUUGGGUGGCACUCCAAAGACUCGUCCAAAUCCGAAAAGGCCAAAGCAGCCCUCGAAGCGGACCUCAAGUAUCUAUACUCUGCCUUCACUAAAAUACCGUGCUUGCGUUUAGCUCCAGACAACCGUGCUCGUCUAAUACGCGGAUACGAGGAGUUUCCGUUCGACACCGCCGUGCCCCUGCAUUCCUUCAAGAACCUAAGUUCGCUCGAGGUCGUUGACAUUGACUUCCGCUCCUUCUUCGGUUGGGACAGACUGGCAGAGCAGCUGAGGUCACUGACCAUAAAACGAGCAAACCUCGAGGAUCCAGCAGAUCUGCUAACUGGAAUCGUUCUUGAUGACAUGGAUAAACGAAGACGCCGGUCGUCCAAGGCUCAGCCGUCCCCCGUGCUCGAUUGGAGUGCAAGCGCAUCCUCCCGAAGGUCGGAGUCCGUAUCGGUUCCCGGGUCUCCCAUCAACGAUCUUCUGUCUGGUGCAAGCGCUAGUCCUCAGGCAUCUCCUAUGAUGAGGGUACGAUCUGAGGGCGCCAAGGCUCCCACACGAACAGGGAGUUCCUCUCCCACUCGCCCAACCAGUGCAAAAUCUCGUCACGCUCGUGGAGCUUCUGCGCGGAUUCGUCGCACGGGUUCCGGCAGUUCAUAUUCCAGUGAGAACAACAAUGUUGGUCGAAAUGGAAGUUCCUCGAAUCUACUCUCGGAUUUUCUUCCAUCGUCGAAAUGGAGAUUCCUCCGACAUCUCGGUCUUCCCGAUAAUUCCCUGACAUCUCUUCCCGCGGCCAGCCUGGCCCCUGUCGCGGACACCCUGCAGUCCGUCGACUUAUCAUCAAACCUGUUCAAUGAAGUCCCGGAAAGUCUGGCUUCUCUGGUGUCUCUGAGGGCCGUGAAUCUUUCUCACUGCAUGAUAGAGUCGUUGCACUCUCUUUCCCAUAAUCCUCUUCCUGCUAUCACGGCUCUCAAUCUCCGCGGCAAUCGUCUCCGUUCCCUGGCAGGUAUUGAACGGCUGCCGUCUUUGGAAAGACUCGACUUGCGAGAUAAUAACCUUUCCGAUCCAACAGAGCUCGCCAGGCUUACCAGUCUUCCUGAGAUACGGGAGAUUUGGGUCUCUGGAAAUCCUUUCGUGAAGACGCACUCUGGAUACCGCAUUGUUAUUUUCAAUCUUUUCCGUCGCACACCAGGCUACUUUGAAGAUAUCUUGAUAGAUGGAUCCGGUCCCGGAUACGCUGAAAGAAAACAACUUGUUGAUAGGGUAGCUGAGCCUCCGGCUGCUCCGGUCGUACGAAGGGCUUCCCCAGACAUCGGGGAAGUCAUAAGCAAGCCGUCUGGUUCUCAAUCGGGGACUACCGCAACGAAACCGACAACUCAUAGCCAGCGGGAGCGACAGCGUGCAAUUUUACCGCCAGACAACGCCGAACCAGCGAGAAUCGAUCGAAAAAAAAAGCGGCAACCUGAAACGGGUACUCCGUCGCUAGGUUCUCACUCUCCCUGCGAUACUACUGGUGGUUUGACCACAGUGAUGCCUCCUGUACCUCCCAUCCCGCCGGAUGCGGAGUUCCGGCUUCCCCUCACACAGCCUUUCAUAUGCUCCCUUGCUGACCGUCAAGGGUGCGUUGGUGACAACAAGUCCCAGUUCUCCGUAUGCAACUCACAGAAACUUACCAAGCCUGGUGGUCAUCCAGGUCUGUCUGCCCAGACGAUACGCCGAGUCUCUUCCCUAGAGCCCACGGUCCUUAAUUUCGAUGUUGACGGCAAUCUCUAUCCACGGAAAUUAGGGGCCAUCAAGUCGGGGGUUGGAACUGGCUGGUUCGCCGUGCUCGGAGAUAGGCCCUGGGAGAAAGGACAGAAUGAUCUCCCGGUGCAAUGUACGAAUCCGGAAUUGCUGAUUCCCACACCACCCGGAAUCCAGACGAACUGUCUUACCCGGACAAAUAACAGGGCUAUCCUCAGCGGCGGCCCUGCCUAGGGUUGAUAUCAUGCCCCUGCGGUCUACUUCUCACCUACUGCUAUAUACCUACUGCCGUAUAUGGCGUUCAAAGGACCCACGUGGUUAAUACGUUGGCCUUGAAAGCUUUACGUUUUCUUACCAGAGCAUCCUGCCCUGUAUUGCAUUUUUCGGCGUUACCUCGUUUGUCAGAUAUCUACCAUUGGGAAUACGGAUGCUUGUUAUUUUAUUUUUAUUUUUUUUUUUUGAAUUCCUCGCUCUUCCCUGUGUCCCAUUUCCUCAUAUCUCUUCUCCUGGCUGUCUGGGGCUGGCCCAUUUCAUUGGGACACUCAAAAAGAACGCUGUUUCAGUAGACAUUUAUAUUAUUUUGCGGUUUAUGGCUGGUUAUCUGGGCGUUGUGGGCUGUUUGUUUGUCUCCUUUUCGCUGAUUAUUAUUUUUUUUUUCGGUGAAGUGGCCGUCACUGGGUCUCGUUUUUUUAUUCAGCAUGCCGGAUGUUAUACCUAAUUUUGCUCUUGCCUGGCUUUUUUCCGUUAUGUGCCGCCCAGCGCGCUCUUCCACUCGUUUCUUCCUUUUUCCUCCUUUCUUGCAACGGAUAUGAGAGACGAGUUUGGAUCUGCAAUCCGGAGUUGAUAUAUGAGAAACGAAGUGUACUUAGCAGUGACGAGUCAUUUCCGGCUAAAAGCAAUGGACGUUAUGAACUAAGCAUGGAC